CCCGAAGGCCUGUGGGUGCCGUUGUGUUUCGCACGUUUGGGGCCGGGAGCGCGAAUCUCCCAGAGCACCGUCUGUGUCGGCACCGCUCCAGCUGGGUAGUGAGAGGCCAGAAAAAACCCCAAAUUUUAUUGGUGUGUGUGUGUGAAGACCAAGCUCUGCCGCCCUGAGGCCCCGCGGCGGGAGGGCCGCGCGCCUCGCUGCCCUCAGGGCCGCCUCAGCGGGCGGGACGUGGCGGCGGCGCACCCGCGGGGCUCGGCCUGAGGACGAGCGGCUGUGCCCCAGCCCCGGGCCCCCGCCGGGCCGUCCUGCUCCCCUGCCCCAUGGCCGUGCCCGUCUUCUGCAACUCCUGCCUGUGCGAGCCCCGCACCCCCACGCCGCGGUUCUGCCUCACCAGCUGCGGCCACGUUUUCUGUGAGGUUUGCCUGCAGAAAGGCAAAAAAGAUGAAUGUUUGGUCUGCAGGAGGGCUUGUCAUACUGUAGUCCUUUCAAAAGAGACAAGUCCUGAUAUUCAAUCACUGUUCACGCCAAUAGAUGUGUUGAGCAAGAAAUAUUCAAAAGAAAUAUCACAGGUAUCAGAAUUUCAAGAAAAAUAUCGUAAGCGUUUAUUAAAAUACCACAAAGAAAAGAUAGCAAAGCUGGAAGAGUCUCUCAAGAAAGUAACACAACAAAUUCAACAGAUACAAUGUAUGAAAGCUCCUGAAAAAACUACACUGCUGCCAUUUUCCAGUACCAGCAGAAAUCUAUCCAUUCCUUCAAGAAAACAGAAUGUUUAUUCUUCAUAUUCUCUUCAUUCGAGUCGUCCUUCCACUUCUGAAACGAUGGAGGCAAUGGAAAUUGAUCCUGUACCUUCACCAAUGAGGAAGCUGCAGACACCAACUGGUCCAACAAGAUUAUCAGUAAUAACUCCACCACAGGAUGGACAUAUGGGUAGCGUAUCCUACAGGAGUUCUCAGAUAGCUCUGAUAAAGCCAAGUCAGAGUAUUGGAACAGGAUCUACAAGAUCCACACCUGUGGUGAGAUUGCCACAUAGUUCUUGUCCAUCAUCAUCUGGAUCCCAGAGCAGUCUAAGGGGAUCAUGGGCUAAUUCUGAUUUCAGAACCCCUCAGCUGUAUCCAUUUACAUCACCUUCCCCACAGCUGCCUCUCUCAAGGCAGCCAAUCACCAUCUCUGGACUUCUGCAAAGACAACAAGGAUCAACUAAUUUAGGAGGACGUUCAGCAGAGAGAUGA